UCCAUCCCACAGAUUGUCCUGUUCAGAGCGCAGACUCUCCUCACCACGCAGCGCGCUCACAGGUAAGGGGGAGGAGGGGUGGUGGUUGAGGAGGAGCCUGACUCACGCACGCACCUCUCUCACCCGCGCAGACACGCGCACGGCGCGGCGGUGAGCGGAGCGCAGUUAUUUGGUGCUGUCGUUGCGGAGCAGUUCAUCCCCUGCGGUUCUGUGGUGCGUGGAAAAAGACUCCGCAUAACAUCUCCCCUCCUCUCCAGUCUCCUCUCUGCUGUUUAGCAUGUUCUGGAUCAUGGCAACAGUGCGGGACGUGGGCAGGGUGGGUUUUUCAUGCCUUCACAGACGGAAUCCGUGGGGCUGCUGCAGGAGUUAAAGGAGUGAUAUCUUUCUGUUUUCUGGGCUGGAGACCUGGAAUGAUCCUGGAAUGUUCCUGGAAUGAUGGUGAUGAUGCUGGAGCAACAAGCGUGCGGCGGCUCUGCGCACACUUUGCGGUGAUAACGCGCACUUGAAGGCGGACUGUUGCAUCUGUCUGCAAGAUUUCAGACAGUUUGUGUUUUUUUCCAACAAAAAGGAACUUGGCUCUCGGAAGCCUCUCACUCCUCAGAGAAGUGCUUCAUCCAUACUUCUGCGUUUUAACGCUGGGAGAGCUUUGAUCCCUGUGCAGGGGCGGAAGCAGUGGAUCCAGAGCCAUGAGCUGCCAGAAGAGUGGCCCCCCAGAGGUGAGAGCAAAUCUAAUGCUCCGGAUCCUGUGGAUGAUUCCAGCUCUCAUGGAUGUAGCUGGAACCCAGGAGAUAUAUGCACCACACUCCAUCCGAGUGGAGGGAGAUGUGACACUGGGGGGGUUGUUCCCAGUGCAUGCCAGGGGUUUUCCGGGAACGCCUUGUGGGGACAUCAAGAAGGAAAACGGCAUCCACCGGCUGGAGGCCAUGAUGUACGCGCUGGAUCAGAUCAAUGGAGAUGAGGACCUGCUUCCUAAUGUGACACUGGGUGCUCGGAUCCUGGACACCUGCUCCAGAGACACGUACGCCCUGGAGCAGUCUCUGACCUUUGUGCAGGCCCUGAUCCAAAAGGACACCUCGGAUGUCCGCUGCACCAACGGGGAGCCACCGGUUUUUGUGAAGCCGGAAAAAGUUGUGGGAGUUAUUGGUGCGUCUGCGAGCUCUGUGUCCAUCAUGGUGGCCAACAUCCUGCGGCUCUUCCAGAUCCCACAGAUCAGCUAUGCAUCCACUGCUCCAGAACUAAGCGAUGACCGCCGCUACGACUUCUUCUCACGAGUUGUUCCUCCAGACAGCUUCCAGGCACAGGCCAUGGUGGACAUCGUUAAAGCCAUGGGCUGGAACUACGUCUCCACGGUAGCCUCUGAGGGGAGCUAUGGGGAAAAGGGGGUGGACGCCUUCAUGCAACUCUCCAGAGAAGCAGGUGGAAUCUGCAUUGCUCAGUCACUGAAGAUCCCUCACGACCGCAAACCUUCAGACUUCGAUAUAAUCAUCCGUCAGCUGCUGGAUACCCGCUACGCCAGAGCUGUGGUCCUGUUCGCCUCUGAUGAAGACAUCAGGGGAAUUCUGAACGCCACGAAGCGAGCGGAUCAGGUGGGUCACUUCCUGUGGAUAGGCUCUGACAGCUGGGGGGCCAAGAACAGUCCCAUCCACCAGCUGGAGGAGGCUGCUGUCGGAGCCAUCACCAUCCUGCCCAAGAGGGCCACCAUCAAUGGCUUCGACUCCUACUUCAUGUCGCGGACCCUGGAGAACAACCGCAGGAACGUGUGGUUUGCUGAGUACUGGGAGGAGAACUUCAACUGCAAACUGAUGAGCUCGUCCAAGAAGGACGACAGCAGCAGGAAGUGCACAGGUCAGGAGCGGAUCGGCAUCGACUCCAAGUACGAGCAGGAGGGAAAGGUCCAGUUUGUGAUCGACGCCGUGUACGCCAUGGCCCACGCGCUGCACAACAUGCAGCGGGACCUGUGUCCGGACAUUUCAGGAAUCUGCCCGGAGAUGGAGUUGGCCGGUGGGAAGAAACUGCUCAAGUACAUCCGCAGCGUCAGCUUCAACGGAAGUGCCGGCACCUCGGUGACGUUCAACAGAAACGGCGAUGCCCCAGGACGCUAUGACCUAUUCCAGUACCAGUGGAACAACGUGACGGGAGCAGGGUACAGAGUGAUCGGACAGUGGACAGAGACCCUGCAGCUCAGUAUGGAGGAACUACAGUGGCCUCGGGGCGAGCUGGAGAUUCCCAGCUCCGUGUGCAGCCUCCCCUGCAGAGCCGGAGAGAGGAAGAAGGUGGUGAAGGGGAUGCCCUGCUGCUGGCACUGCGAGCCCUGCGAUGGGUACCAGUACCAAUCUGACGUGUUCAGCUGCAAGCUGUGCGCCUAUAACAUGAGGCCCAGCAUGAACCGGACCUCCUGUCAGCCCAUACCCAUCAUAAAGCUGGAAUGGCAUUCCCCUUGGGCAGUGAUCCCAGUUUUUCUGGCCAUGCUGGGGAUCAUUGCCACCAUCUUCGUCAUGGCAACCUUCAUACGCUACAAUGACACUCCAAUUGUCCGGGCAUCUGGCAGGGAGCUGAGCUACGUUCUCCUGACUGGAAUAUUCCUGUGCUACAUUAUCACGUUCCUGAUGAUUGCUAAACCUGAUGUUGGCGUUUGCGCAUUCCGCAGGAUUUUCUUGGGUCUAGGAAUGUGCAUUAGCUACGCAGCCCUGCUCACAAAGACCAACCGCAUCUAUCGGAUCUUUGAGCAGGGCAAGCAGUCUGUGACGGCACCGAGGAUGAUCAGCCCCACCUCCCAGCUGGUCAUCACCUUCAGCCUAAUCUCUGUGCAGCUACUGGGGGUGCUGAUCUGGUUCGGGGUGGAUCCACCCAACAUCAUCAUAGACUUUGAUGAGCAGAGGACCACAAACCCCAACCAGGCUCGAGGGGUGUUGAAAUGUGAUAUUACGGAUCUACAGAUCAUCUGCUCUUUGGGUUACAGCAUCUUACUGAUGGUGACAUGUACUGUUUACGCCAUAAAGACCCGUGGGGUCCCAGAGAACUUUAAUGAAGCCAAACCCAUUGGCUUUACUAUGUACACCACCUGCAUUGUGUGGCUGGCCUUCAUCCCCAUCUUCUUCGGCACGGCUCAGUCUGCAGAAAAGCUCUACAUUCAGACCACCACGCUCACCAUCUCCAUGAACCUGAGCGCCUCUGUCGCCCUCGGCCUGCUCUACAUGCCCAAAGUCUACAUCAUCAUCUUCCACCCUGAGCUCAACGUGCAGAAGAGGAAACGAUCCUUCAAGGCUGUGGUCACCGCCGCCACCAUGUCGACCCGGCUCUCCCACAAGGCCAGUGACCGGCCCAACGGAGAGGCCAAAACAGAGCUGUGUGAGAACGUGGAGCCCAGCAGUCCAGCAGCAAAGACCAAGUACGUGAGCUACAACGACGUUGUGAUCUAAGUCCAUUCCUCCAUCUGAACGGGCGCUGCAGAGAUGUCAGCUCUCCUGGCCUGAUCCUUUUUGGCCCAGGGGAGAGAGGGUUACCGUUUUUUGUUCUCAUGUGUUCCACCAGAGAUGUGGAGGAUCUUCAGCCUGGUGGGAUUUUUCCUCUGAGUGUGAACUCAUGGAGUGGAGAUGAAAUGUGAUGGUUUUUUAAUGGGAUCAGCCGAGGAUAGAAGCUGAACCCCUGGAGAUCCAAACUGCUCCUGUUUCUUAACUCUGGACCUGAAAGUUCCUCAGCCUCCCUGUUGAUCCAUCCGUUCUUUAAGGCUUCCAUUUGGUCCAUUCUAUGGUACUUUUCUUUCUGGUGCUGAGAUAAUUCUCACGUCACUGAUGGAUCCACCCUCCUUCCUGGUUUCACACAUUUUUUUUCCUUUCUUUGUGUAUUAUUGAAGCCAUACUGUGAUUCACACCUGGAGCGCUGUGCUCAUGCUGCCACCUGGAGGCUAAAACGUGUGUAAAGUUCUGAAGGCAGAGCCGGCCUGUUGGGUUCUGAAUGACCUGAGAGGCACCAUGAACACACCACCUGCCCUCCCUCCGUUUGCAUAUUCCAGCCUUCACAGCUUCAUGUAAUUAUUGAUGGUGCAUGUUUUAUUUGGUCCGCAGGGUCGUGCUCGUGCUCUAACUUUGGGAACAAAACAUCCCAGAAAACUUUGCAGGGUUCUGGGAGGACGAGAUCCGAGAUGUGAGAGGAAGUAGCAGCUGUGAUGUGACCUUGGAUCCACUGCCGUAACAGUGCUGUUCUUUAUGUGUGCGUCCGGUUUUCCAGCUUCUGUUCUGCAGUGUUUCAUGAUGUUUCAUGAUGUUCCAUGAUGUUCCCUCCUCCAUGCCUGUCUCCGUCUGUGGCUUUUUGUGUUUAUCUGUGACGGAUCACAGAGGUGACGAUGUCUGUGGAAAGCUAUCAAUGUGCCUGUUCUGCAUGUUCAGUCAGAUCUAACUGAUCUCAGGAGACCAGAAACCGCUUUUAAUUUAGAGAAACAUGGAGGUUAAGGUGAAACCUCUGUGGUUUGAACUCUCUGAGAGGCUCGGUGUGGAUAUGAGAGCCGAGGUCUGUACUACGCAGAAGGAUCAGCAUCUCUUUACGAUGACCGCUGGUUCGUCUCUGGGUUUUAUGUCAUUGGGCCGUAAAUGCUCCUCGUCUGAAGACCAGCACAAUGGAUCCGACCAGUUCAAUGGGUUAAGUUUAUUGUUCUUUUGUUGAUGUUGGUACCAAAUGUUUGCAUGAUCCACUGAAGCUCUGCCUUCUUUACUGUCUUGGUGUUUCCAUUCCACCCUGGAGAAAGGCGGGUGGGGGUUGUAUCAGAAAAGACCUGAGCUUUGUGACCGGGAGCAUUAUCCUGUUAGACGUAUAGGACACUGUGGUCCUAAAGAGAUGCACCUUAAGACCAUCACCAACCACUGCAGGAAGACCCAGAUAGGUUAUCACUAUAGAGCUCCUCCAUCAUUGGAGCGGUUUGCUUCCUCAAUGACCAGAUUCUUAAAUCUUAAAACCUCCUCGUUCCACUUAAUAAGGUGCAGUAAUUUGAUCAUAGACUCUUACCAGGCACAAUUUAAUAUAUUUAGAUGAUUAUGGUUUUACUUCUUACAGGUCUGGUCAGUUUGUUGUUGGGUCUUCUUUUACCAUCUUGGUACAUUUUUACAUGAACUCCCUCACUUUCAGACGAUAAAAAAAACAAAAAAAAAACAGGAUGAUUUGGUGCAAAGCUCACAUAGACUGAAUCUUUGAGGUUAGUUAAACCAGAAAAACCCAAGACGACGUGGACAUGCUUAUCCUGCUCCAUGGUACAAACCCCUGACUGUCUCCAUUUUGUUUGUACCUUUGUUGUUUUCUGAUUCUAAAAUAUUGACUCUAAUCACCUGAUUGGUAGACCUCUAUCAGCUGGUUUCUGGUCCAUUUAUCUUUCCAGAAGGAAAGAUAAAUUAUUUUAAAGCUUUUAUUGAAAGGUUUAUGGUCACAGGAUGUUCCAUUUGAACAUAUCGACUUCCCUGGUAAGUUGUGGGUAUCUGAUGAUACAGAGCUUUUGUAAACAGGACGUCCUUUGGUCCACUCAUCCCUGAAUAACCCGGUGAUAUCAUGGACUGCUGAUGUGGAGAUUGUCAAUGCAUGCCUGAUAUGUUCGAUGUUGAAACUGAAUCAGAAAAAAAAGAUGAAAAUAAUGAAAUUGUCACAGCACAGCUGAUUCCACACGUCUGCUCUGAAACGUAAUGUUCUUUUCCUUGGUUCAUGUUCUUUUACUGUUGGUUCCUCUGAUCGUUUCUGCAGAAUACGGCUUUGAUUGGUUUCUUAUUUUCCUGGAGAAGUUCUGGGACACAGAAAAAGAUGAGUAUAUAUAUUUAAAAAAGGAAGCAUGUAUGUUUUCUACUGUUUGUACUUGGUAUUUUCCUGUUGCCCUUGCUGCUUCUGUGCCAAUGUUGUGGGAGAGAUUUACAUUUGGCCACUCAUGCAACUAUUCUGUGGUGUUGUCUAAGAAUGUAUUAACAUGAAAUAAAAACAUUUGUUAUUUUUUUUA